AUGAGCGCGCACGACUGGCCGCCGCAGCUCGACGCCGCACAAGAGCAGGCCCUGCUCGACCUCGCGUCCGACUACGCGCUCGCCCACGGCCUCGUCCUCCGCCCCGUCGCCUCAUCUCCCUCGUCCCCACUGUCCCUCACGACCGGGAUCCACGCGCCCUACUCGCUGUACCCGUCCCAGCUCCCCAGCCACCUGUUCGCACAAGCGCUCGCCCUCCAGCCCACGUACAACGAGCUGUACGCCCGAGUGACGGCCGACGACGCCUUCCUCGAGCGCGUCGUCGGCGGCGCCGUGAGCAAGGUCGACGAGUUCCAGGGACGCCUGUACGAGCUGUGGAAGACGGUCAAGGCAGAGGGCAUCAAGCAGCCGCUCGCUCUCGGCCUGUUCCGGUCCGACUACCUCGUCCAUGCUCCUCAAGGGACCGCACCGAGCGAGCACACGAUCAAGCAGGUCGAGUUCAACACCAUCUCGAGCUCGUUCGGCGCCCUGUCGACUCGCGUCGGCGACUUGCACCGCUACCUCCUCGCGAGCGGCGCCUACCCUCCUCAUCCCUCCCUCACCACCUCGGCCCUCCCGACCAACAGCGCCCUCGCCGGCCUCGCAGGAGGCCUCGCCGCCGCGCACAAGGCGUACGGCGUCGACGACGCUGUCGUACUCAUGGUCAUCCAGGACAACGAGCGCAACGCGUUCGACCAGCGACCGCUCGAGUACGAGCUCGUCGAGAAGCACGGCAUCCGACUGCUUCGCGUCCCGUUCUCGGAGCUGCGCACCACCCUGUCCCUGUCGUCGUCGUCGCACGCGCUCCUGUACCACGUCCCGCACGGCGCCUCGCCCCUCGAGGUCUCGCUCGUCUACUACCGCACGGCGUACGCCCCGACAGACUACUACACGGCCGCCGAGUGGGACACGCGACUCGUCAUCGAGCGCUCGCGCGCCAUCAAGUGCCCCUCGGUCGCCAUGCAGCUCGCCGGCGCGAAAAAAGUCCAGCAGGUCCUCGCCUCCCCCGCCGAGCUCGCCCACUUUGUCCCUCGGGGGGACACGCGCGCGGCGCUCGCCGAGAGCUUCACGGGAUUGUUCCCGCUCGACGACUCGCGCGAGGGCCUCGACGCGCUCGAGCGCGCACGGACCGACCCGAGCGGGUUCGUCCUCAAGCCGCAGCGCGAGGGCGGCGGCAACAACAUUUACCGGGGCGACAUUCCGCCGUUCUUGGCGCAGCUCGAGGACGAGGACGAGGAGCGGCAGCGGCGGCGAGCGGGCGAGGGCGAGGGCGAGGGAGCGAGGGAGCGGGCGCCAAAGGGCCGCGAGGGCUACAUCCUCAUGGACCUGAUCGAGCCGCCGCGAGGGGUCGAGCAGGUGCUCGUCAAGGCGGGCGAGGCGCACGGCGCGCGCGCAGAGGUCGUCAGCGAGCUCGGCGUGUACGGCGUCGUGCUCGUGCGCGAGGACGUCGACGGGUCGCGAGGCGGCGAGGCCGACGUGCUCGUCAACGAGACGGUCGGGCACUUGUUGCGCACAAAGGCGAGCAGCUCGGACGAGGGAGGGGUCGCGGUCGGGUUCUCGGUCAUCGACUCGCCGCUUCUCGUCUGA